CCGUGACAGCUCACAUCCCUGCGCGUCAGACAGACGGACAGCAGAUGAAAUCAAAGGGGUAGAAACUACCUCUUCUAUUUAUUUGUCUCCAUCUGUCCCGAAAAAAAAAUCUUUCAGCGGUAUCAUGAGUUGAGUCCAUCGCAGUUUUAGGAGAAGAUCUUGGCCAGAUAAUCCAUGGGUAUCACCAUAAACCAUGCUUGCAUUAUUGGUUUGGAUCAGUCCACACCAACUGCUUAGGUGGAUACUUUGUUAAUCUAAUUGGCUUACAAGUUCAGCAUGGGGGGGCUGAACAUGCGUCCCUGCUCCACAGUCAUGCACCUGCUGCUGAGAUGUAUGCGCGGGUGUGGCAGGCACGGUCGCAGUCGCAUGCCCCGAAGACUGAGGCGGCCUCUGAGCUACAUCAAAUUGAUCUUCAAAUCCCUUUAUUUUAACUCACUCACUAACUCAGAGGUAGUGAUGGACUCCAUCCUUGAACCAGUGUUUUGGAUGGUGGAGGUUGUCACACGCUGGUUUGGAAUGGUUUUUGUAUUUUUAGUAGUUGCUCUUACCAGUUCUGUGAUUUUCAUCGCUUAUUUCUGCCUUCUACCGUUGGUCUUGCAAACGUACUCUCCUGGCUGGAUAAUGUGGCACAUUUGUUAUGGACACUGGAUCAUAGUCAUGAUAGCCUUCCAUUACUACAAGGCCACAAGCACUCCCCCUGGAUACCCUCCAAAGAUGAAAAAUGACAUCCCGUUUGUGUCGGUUUGUAAAAAGUGUAUAAUUCCUAAACCAGCUCGAAGUCAUCACUGUGGCAUCUGUAAAACCUGUAUCCUAAAAAUGGAUCACCAUUGCCCUUGGCUUAACAACUGUGUUGGUCAUUACAAUCAUCGUUACUUCUUCUCCUUUUGUCUCUAUUUGACUAUGGGCUGCAUGUACUGUAGCAUCAGCGGUCGCAAUCUCUUUAUCGAUGCAUACAAUGCCAUAGAUCAAUUCAGGCACAUGGAAGCGGAGAAACAGGGUGUUCCGGUGACAGGGAUUGGGUUGCUCAUCGGCAUUGUACCAUCAGAAGGCGUGGCUGGGAAGGAGGUUUCGCAACCUCCAUACACCUACAAGGACAGGAUGAUUCACAAGAGUAUUAUCUACAUGUGGGUCCUCACAAGCACAGUGUCAGUUGCCCUCGGAGCUCUCACACUGUGGCAUGCUAUACUUAUCACCCGUGGAGAAACCAGCAUUGAACGCCAUAUAAACAACAAAGAGGCCAAACGUUUGGCGAAACGUGGAAAGGUCUAUCGGAAUCCCUUCAGUUACGGUAAACUAAACAACUGGAAGGUGUUCUUUGGUGUAGAAAAGAGAAGUCAUUGGCUGACACGUAUUCUCCUCCCCUCUGGACACACCCCAUAUGGUGACGGACUGACAUGGGACAUUUACCCUCUUAAAAAAGACAUGAUGCCAGUCUGAGACAUUAAAGACUUGACUGUCCUCGUUGACGAAGACCAACACACUCAUCAGGGUGAGUCUCACCCGCUGUGCCAAAGCAGAACCAGAGCCCUGGGAACACGGGAGUCUGCAGAGCCCAGAUUUAGACAGUGAUCUCACUGGAUGACUUUUGCUCUUUUUGGCCAAAUGAAAGGGCUGUCCUCCAAAAAUACCAUGCAUUCAGAUGUUUUCUAUCAAUAUUUUGUAAUGAAAUCAUGGCAGUUGUCUCUGAUAUCUAUGGAAGAUAGUUUUGUAGCCAUGAGGGGCUUAAAGGGAUAGUUCACCCAAAAAUGAAAAUUUUGUCAUUACUCGCCCUCAAGUUGUUCCAAACCUGUAUGAGUUUCAUUCUUCGGUUGAACAUAAAAGAUAUUUUAAAGAAUGUUGGUAACCAGACUGUUGACAGCACCCUUUGACUUCCAUAGUAUUUUUUUUUUUUUUGUGAACGAACUAUCCCUUUAAUGUAUGAUUGUGUAAAAAUGAUUUUUAACACAUUAUUUAUGUCACUUACAGUAUCAUUAUUUAAAUCUUAAACUUGCCUAGAAUUUUAUUAAAUGUAAAAUAAAUGUUUUUCACAGCA